UUUAUUUUAGUUGUACACUCAGCACUCUGCUUCGGCUAUUGAUUACUGAGACAUCAUAUUCAUAACGCAUUUAUUCUCAGUAUUGAAACCCCUUUAUUUUUUCUUGACUGUUUCAUACCUAAGCUUCACUCACUCCUCUCUAUCUGGCCUCAGAUGAUCCAAAAGGUGCAAUCUUUCUCUUCUUUAUCUAGUAUUCUCUAAUGGGUAUUUUCAAUUUCAGUGUUUGUGCUUGAUUGUUGCUAAUUCUUGGAUCAAAAUCUUGGCUUUACACUGUAUUAGCUUAAAGAUCUCAUCUUUUUAGCUCCUUAACUCUUAAAAUGAUGGAUAGUUGUAUGUUUAAGUUUUUCAUAUGGGGUUCUUGCAUAUUGUUCUAUUUGGCUUGCUUUUCUUGGGGUUUUGACCCUGCUGAUCAGUAUUAUAUAAAUUGUGGAUCAUCUACAAGUGUUACUAUUGGUAGUCAGGUUUUUCUUGGUGAUAAAUUAGCUUCGAAAUACCUUUCUAGUCCCGAUAAUAUCUUAGGCACUACCAGUUCGAAUUCUAUUCCACAGUCAGAUGAGUCUGGUCUUUAUAAGAAUGCUAGAAUUUUUACUAAAGAGUCCAAGUACACGUUUCCGAUUAGCCGAAAGGGGAGGGUUUGGAUUCGGCUUUAUCUUUCACCAUUUGUUUAUGACAGUUACAAUCCCAAUUCAGCAGCCUUUUCAGUUUCGAUACCGAACCACAUGUUGCUUAGUAAUUUUAAAGCUAGUGAAGCUGUUAGGAAAGAAUUCUUGGUGAAUGUGACUUCCGGUUCACUUGUAAUAACUCUGUCGCCUUCAGAGAAUUCCUUUGCGUUCUUGAAUGCACUAGAAGUUGUUUCUGCCCCAGAUAUUCUAAUAUCAGAUGAUGCCCAAAGUGUCAAUCCUGCGGUGAAGUUUAAUGGUCUGUUGACGCAGGCCUUGGAGACCGUUGCAAGGGUAAAUAUGGGAGGACCAACUGUCACUUCUAAAAAUGAUACGUUGGGACGAACUUGGGUUCCUGACACAAAAUUUCUUUUGGAACAAAAUCUUGCUGAAAGUGUCUCAAAGAUUAAUUCUGUCAGGUACCCUCCUGGAGGAGCUACGGACGAUAUUGCUCCAAAAACUGUUUAUGGCACUGCAACAAAGAUGAAAUCUGAAGAUAACCCCAACAGCAAUUUUAAUGUUACAUGGGUUUUCCCUGUUGAUCCGGGGUUCCGGUAUGUUGUACGGUUUCAUUUUUGCGAUAUUGUAAGUGAUGCUCCUUCUAAGAUCUACUUCAAUGUUUUCCUUGAUUCAUCGAAUGUUUUGCCCGACUUAGAUCUGACCACUAGAAAUCUCAAUUUUCUGGCAACUGCUAUAUAUAUGGAUUUCGUUACUUCAUCCAUAUCGAGCAGCAAGCUUCGUGUUAGUAUUGGUCCAUCUCCUGUAAAUGAUGCUUAUCCUGAUGCAAUCCUUAAUGGACUAGAGAUAAUGAAAAUGAAUAAUUCCUUGGGAAACCUUGGUGGGAUGGCCACUUUACCAUCUUCUUCAGGAUCAGGAUCAAAGUCAAAAGUCGGAGUAAUUGUUGGUGUAAUAAUAGGGGUUGCAAUUAUUUUGUUGAUUGUCGGACUCCUAUUUUAUAUUCGCAGGAAAAGAAGACUGGAACAACUUCAUCAUUCUAAAACAUGGGUCCCUAUAUCUCAAAAUGCUUCCUACACAAUGGGAAGCAAAGACUCCCACAAAACAACUGCUAGUGCGGGCUCUGACAUUGGCUUUAGGUGUCCAUUUGCAGCAGUUCAAGAGGCAACAAAUAAUUUUGACGAAAGUUGGGUUAUUGGGGUUGGUGGUUUCGGAAAGGUUUACAAGGGAGAGUUCAGUGAUGGCACAAAAGUUGCAGUUAAAAGGGGUAAUUCCAAAUCCCAGCAAGGUUUCACAGAAUUCCGAACUGAAAUUGAAAUGCUAUCUCAAUUCCGUCAUCGUCAUCUUGUUUCCUUAAUUGGGUACUGUGAUGAAAAAAGUGAGAUGAUUUUGAUAUACGAGUACAUGGAAAAUGGAACUCUUAAGAGUCAUCUUUAUGGCUCUGGUCUUCCUAGCUUGGGCUGGAAAGAGAGGCUCGAGAUAUGCAUCGGAUCGGCUAGAGGACUUCACUACCUUCACACUGGAUAUGCCAAAGCAGUUAUUCAUCGUGAUGUAAAAUCUGCAAACAUAUUGCUUGAUGAGACAUUUUUGGCUAAGGUUGCUGAUUUUGGGCUAUCAAAAACUGGACCCGAGAUUGAUCAAACCCACGUGAGUACAGCAGUGAAAGGUAGUUUUGGGUACCUUGAUCCCGAGUAUUUUAGAAGGCAACAGCUCACUGAAAAAUCAGACGUGUACUCGUUCGGUGUUGUUCUGUUUGAAGUUCUCUGUGCGAGGCCUGUUAUAGAUCCAUCUCUCCCUCGGGAGAUGGUCAACUUGGCUGAAUGGGCAAUGAAGUGGCAGAAGCGAGGACAAUUGGACCAGAUUAUAGAUCCUAGUCUUGAAGGGAAAAUCAAACCAGAUUCUCUUCGAAAGUUUGCUGAAACAGCAGAAAAAUGUUUAGCUGAUUAUGGUGUUGAUAGGCCCUCAAUGGGAGAUGUCCUUUGGAAUCUUGAGUAUGCACUUCAACUUCAGGAGGCAGUUCUUCAUAACGACCCUGAAGAAAACAGUACCAAUAUCAUCAGUGACCUCUCUCCUCAGGUCAAUAACUUCAGUCAUAUUGACUCCACCACAUCAGCUAGGCAACACGAAAUGUCAGUCACGGAUGAUGAUCUUUCAGAUGUUUCGAUGAGCAAAGUGUUCUCUCAACUAAUAAAGUCCGAGGGGAGGUAACUUCUUGACGAUGAUAUGCAAUACAGGCCGAUUUUAAGCACUUAAAUUUUUGUGGUAUUGUAAAGUAUAGCACUAUCAGCUGUCUUGAUAUAGAGCUUAGGACACUAUAGCAGAUACGAGUUCCGCUGAUGCAUUCCAGCCUUGUCGGAAUGGCUGAUGCUCUGCGGUGAAAUAAUGUCAUUGCAUUACAUUGUCCCUGACCCUGAGCGCAGAGUUGUUUCUUGCAGUGAGGUGUUUUAGACAUAGAGACCUGAUGGUCUUUCAACUGGGUAAACUUGUAUUGUGAAUUUGUGAUACAAUAUAUUUAGCUAUGUGAUUAAACUUUCA